GCCUCUUCCGCCGCCACCACCGCUCCGCCCGCAGGCUGCGGCUAGGAGGGCCUCGAACCCCGCCCGAGACAGACAGAGUCGGCCUGUGCGAGUCCCGGUCUCCGCGGGCACGAGGGGGAACCGGGGAGUUUUGUUUUGUUCUGUUGUGUUUUCCUCCCCCGAGACCCAUCCCCACCCCGCUCGGUUCCAGCUUCUCCGUCCGCUCCCCUGCACCCCCGUUCCCACGUCGGGAGGCAAAGUCACCAUCCACCCCGCCCCGAGCCACCCAAAAUCUGGAAACAUGAUCUGUUGAUCGGGAGAGCGAAUCCGGAAUCCCGCAACUUUUCCCCCCCUUUAAAUUUUUUUUUCCUUUGGGUGGGAGGGUGUGUGUGGGCUUGUUUCAAAAAAAAUUGUUAUUAACGCAAUUACUUUUUAUUCCUCCCUCGCCCCAACUGAUCCUUUCCUCAUAUUUUUUCCCCUCUCCUUCCUCCUCCGACUCCGGGCGGGAAUUGUUUUCCACGAUGAAAUGAGUGAGAACCCGAGGCAUCCCGUGAGUCGUUGCCGCUGAAGGCAAGGGGGUGGGGGUGGGACCUGCCGGGGGUGGGGUUGCAAAGGCCGGUGGUCCCCUGGGCCCCUUUGCCCGGGACGUGGUGUCGAACCGUCACCUUGGCCCUCAGCAUGCUCACACGGACAUAGUCGCACUCCUCUUGCCCCCUCCCGCCCCACACACGCACCGUCCCGAAUCCGAACCAGGGGUUGGUGCCGUGUAGAUCGCAUUCCGGAGAGCUCCCUCGGCCAAUGUAGAACCCCCAUCGCAGGGCCCGAGGGGUUGUUGGGGAUCCCCAGGCAUUGAUCAGGGCCAAACCGCAGAGCCGCAAGCUUUUAACAGUUAGUACCGUAUACUACACCAUCACCACCCCCACCUUUCCCUUCUGCCAUCAUGGUUCUCCUUGGCCGCAGCGCUAGCCGCCGCCUGAGGGUGAAAACGUGGGUGAUGGGGAAGUUGGUAAUGACUCCGCUGUUUUUUCUCGUGGCUCCCCUGGGCAACAGCUGUCCGCCCCCCGUCUACACUGUAGUUGAUUGCAGGGAAACCCUGGACCUCUCCCCGUUCUCCACUGAUUUUGCACCUUUCUCUCUGCUCACCACCAAGUGUAAUCAAUAACAGGCACUGACAGUUCAUAGCAAUAGUGAAAUCUGAAAUAAGUGAGAAUUAAUUAGGUACUACAGCCAUGGAUCUGGCUGGGUAAAAUCCAAUUGGAUAUUUCAGUUUAUUCACCUACCCUCUUUUUUUAAUUUUUUAAUUUUGUCUUUUUAAUUUGGGAAGCAACGAUCACAUUUCCCACUCCUUUUUUCCUUAAUUCCUUUUUUAAAAAGGGAAAAUCCGGAUGGGUUUCAAGGAUUGGACUGGUAUCCGCUGUGUUUUAUUGCACACCUAAAUCCUGGUAAUAGGUUUUUCACUUCCCCUCACAUCCUUGAUUUGGGCAGUUAAACCAGAUGUGUUUUCCAGAACGCUAGUUCCAAGUAUUUUGUCGUCUUUCUUUCCUUCCUCCCCUUCCUUUUUUCCCAUCUGAACCCGAAUAUUGUCCAAACAUGACUGGGCAGCAGCUUUUGUUUCUUGACCCUGUAAUAUGACAGUCUGCUAAUAUUGUCAGCGGUGCAGUUUGGGGUGAGAGUUGUGAUUUUAGCUAUUCAAUCAUAUUAGCAGGAAAAAUAUGACUUGUUUCUGUUGUACUUGAGUCUUAAGAAAAAGUGCCCAUAGUUUAGUGACAAUUUCCAAAGGCUUUAGUACCACCUGUAUUUCAAAAUGGGGGACCCAAACUCCCGGAAGAAACAAGCUCUGAACAGACUCCGUGCUCAGCUUAGAAAGAAAAAGGAAUCUCUAGCUGACCAGUUUGACUUCAAGAUGUAUAUUGCCUUUGUGUUCAAGGAGAAGAAGAAAAAGUCAGCACUUUUUGAAGUGUCUGAGGUCAUACCAGUCAUGACAAAUAAUUAUGAAGAAAAUAUUCUGAAAGGUGUGCGGGACUCCAGCUACUCCUUGGAGAGCUCUGUGGAGCUUCUACAGAAGGAUGUGGUGCAGCUGCACGCCCCUCGGUACCAGUCCAUGCGGAGGGAUGUAAUUGGCUGUACGCAGGAGAUGGAUUUCAUUCUUUGGCCUCGGAAUGAUAUUGAGAAAAUUGUCUGUCUCCUGUUUUCUAGAUGGAAGGAAUCUGAUGAGCCUUUUAGGCCUGUUCAGGCCAAAUUUGAGUUUCAUCACGGUGACUAUGAAAAACAGUUUCUGCAUGUACUGAGCCGCAAGGACAAGACUGGAAUUGUUGUCAACAAUCCUAACCAGUCAGUGUUUCUCUUCAUUGACAGGCAGCACUUGCAGACUCCAAAAAACAAAGCUACCAUCUUCAAGUUAUGCAGCAUCUGCCUCUACCUGCCCCAGGAGCAGCUCACCCACUGGGCAGUCGGCACCGUAGAGGAUCACCUCCGUCCUUACAUGCCAGAGUAAAUGAGCACCGGCCAGCAAGUGGGGAGAUGGAGAACGCAGCAGCAGUUUUCUUUUCUGUUUUCUCAUCACUUUUCUUUCAGAGUUUAAGGAAAAUGGACUCAUGCACAGAACACUAUGCAUUUUGAAACUUGUUCAUCCUGGAUUUUUUUUUUUUAGCCAUUUGUAUCUCAGAACUUAAAAAGAUGUCUUCUGCGUGGACUGUGUGAAAGAAGAUGCUUUGCAGACUUGCUGCACUGCAUCGGCAUCUUAGAGGGAUGUGAAAUGCAAGGACUGUUGUACAUUGAAACACUGACAUGUUCCCACAGGCACAAGGUGACACUGAUGGUCUUCACGUUUGUGCUGGUUUUGCCUCUGACAUCUGUCAUCAGUAUUUAGCGGGUGAGAAAUGAAUGUGGCAGGUCUAAGUAGCUUUGCGAUGAUCACCGUCGCUCCAGAGCACUCACUGUCAGGUGCAUGCUAAUGACCAGGGUGGUGGUUUAAGAAAGAAAUACAACCGUGGGAAAGAAAUCUGAAAUGGAAAGCAUCUCACUGUGGGCAUUCCUGCCUCAUAGUUCACUGGCCAUGUUUGUUUCUUGGUACUCAUAAAUACGUGUAUUUUUCCCAGAUCUCUUUCCCCGAGUUGCUGUUCUAGAAGGUUCUGCCGCGUGUGGCUGUGUUCACACAUGAAAGCAGAGCUGGAGUCUGAAGCAGCUACAAAACUGAGAAACAUUCAUAGCUGCAAAGCCACCUCAGUAGAGGGCUGAGGAGUUUUCUAUCUUGUUUUACGGUGUUAGAGAUUUUAAUUACAAACAAAAAUUCCAGUGAAUUUUGCAGAAAUACUGGUUUCUAUGCCAUCCUAAAGAAAGUUAAGAGUGUUUGGAGUAGUAGAGAGGUUUGAAAGUUGGGGUCUAAAAUUGUAAAAAUAAGCAGAGUGUCAAAGUUCUAAAAGCAGAACUCGUUUUGUGCAAUGAACAUAAGGAGAGACUACUGUAUAGUUUUGUUCUGUUUUGUUUUUUUCCUUUUCGAUGAAGAAGAGCUUUGCUUAAGGGUUGCAUACUUUUACUGGAGUGAAUCUCAGUGACCCUACUCCUCCGGAGAAAAACUAGUGCUUACUGCUUUCCACUUGAAUUUAGCUUCCUCUGGUUGGAAUUUGAAAACAUGAAAACCUAAAUAAAAUAGGUGAAAGUUCCUGAUUAUUCAGGUGAAUAUA